GUUGAGACUGUAACUAAUUUAUGUAGGUUUAAUUGGGAGGUCAGAAAGAAAACCGUGUUGACGGAGCGAGUCAGAAGCAGAGGGAGGUUGCAGGAGGAGGUUGCAGGGGAGGGAGGGAUCUCCCCUCCCAGUUCUUCACCCCAUCCAUCCACCGAUUUCUUUUCUCAAUUUCGGCUCGGGUGCCCACCACCAUUCCCCUCCUCCUCCUCCAUCCAAGGAGACCAUGAAGAAGAUCUUCGGCGCCAAGAAGAACACGGACCCGCCGCCCACCAUCCAGGACGCAACCGAUCGAAUCAGCAAGCGGGGCGAUACCGUCGAUGAGAAAAUCAAGAAGCUGGACGCCGAGCUGGCCCGCUACAAGGAGCAGAUCAAGAAGACGCGCCCCGGCCCCGCCCAGGAGGCCGUCAAGGCACGAGCCAUGAGGGUCCUCAAGCAGCGAAGGAUGUAUGAAGGACAGCGUGACAUGCUGUACAACCAAACAUAUAACCUUGACCAAGUUGCUUUUGCGGCGGAGGGGCUUAAAGACGCUCAACAAACUAUGACUGCAAUGAAGGCUGCCAAUAAAGAGCUAAAAGGAAUGAUGAAAACUGUCAAGCUCGAAGAUAUAGAUAGCAUGCAAGAUGAGAUGAUGGAUCUUAUGGACGUGAGCAGUGAAAUACAAGAAACUCUUGGUAGGAGCUACAACGUCCCUGAUGACAUUGACGAGGAAGAACUUAUGGGGGAACUUGAUGCUUUGGAAGCUGACAUGGAUUUCGAAUCAGAGUCAGUCCCAUCUUACCUUCAGCCAGAUCAAGAUUCUGAACUUAACUUACCUGCUGCACCAACUGGCCAUGCAGCUCCACCAAAGCAGCAGCAGGAGGAUGAACUAGGAUUGCCCACAGUGCCACAGGCAUCCAUUCGUAGCUAAACAGUCAUGGAUCUUGAACUAUGUGAAAGUUUGAUGUUUUGUGCAUGAACAAUCCAUUUAAUGCAACUUUUCCUCAUAUAGCACUACACUAGGAUUUGCUGUCACUUGUGUAGGGUGUAAAUUUAAUUGAUUGGGACAUAGCAUCCUGUUUUCGUGAUGGUCCUGACAUUAUGGAAUAAUGAUGAUAUGGAAUACAUGUUAAGAUUUGUUUCCAUCCAUUUUGUUUGGGCGUGUUUUGUUGUUCCAUUGAGUUUGCCUUUAUAUAAUGAAGUCGAAACAUUUGGAAAA